AAGCUGGACCCAGUUGGAAAGAAAAUAUUAUUGAUUAUUCUACUUGGUCGACUAGCAAUGAGAAAAAAAUUCUUUGUGAAGAACCUUUCUCAUUGUCAGACAAACAAGAAAAACUAUCUUCAA